UGCUCGCGACACCACCACCGACGGAGUCACUCCCAACUCAGACACGAGCUGGCUUCCAGGGUCUGGUACCUGGAGUUGGAUGACCUCACCGUCAUCCACGACUGGACCGCUGUGUGUGCUUUUUACUCACAGUGACAAGUCAUGCCAGACUUCCUUACUAAACGUUAUCACCAUACCAGCGAUAUGUUGUAUUUUCAUGUUAUCUUAAACUGCUGUUUGUGUGUGUAGAUUUGUUACAACUAUAUCCCAGGACUAUGCCUUACGAAAUAAAGUUGCUAAUAAAAUGGAUUAUAAUCAGCGACGGAGAAGAGUCUUAUCAUGAUGGAAAAUCGCAGUAAGAACACAAGUUGCUCAGGUGAAUGGAUCUCCUACCACGACCCAAAUAUUUCCGUGUAACUUCGCUAAUAAACCGACGGCUUGCGAUCACACACGACCCAUCGUAAUGUUGACCUUGACUUUGCAAUCAUUACGCGCCUGAAAAAGAUCAAUAUUAACCGAAAAUAGGACACAGAAAAUCUUUACGAGUGGCUGGAAACACUUCAGGCAUGUAAUGACAAUCAAAAAGUGUAAUGUACUUAUUUUCAAGGACAGAUGAUUGUUGUUUGAACAAUCCAUGAGGAUCAAUGUUAUCUGUUACGAGCUCAACAUGAACCAGGAGCAAGCGUGAUAGUUAUAUUUUAUGUAUUGACAAGACUUGCAAAGCUAUAUAAUAUUUUAUUUCUAACUAAGUGCAUUAUUCUGUAAGCAGGUGCUAUAGACAGCGUAUAGUAGAAUUUUCAAACGUAAGAUUAUAUACUCGAAGACUUGUCUACUUCAUUACUUUGUGCACAUGUGUACAUAUAUAUAUAUAUAUAUAUAUUUAUAUAUAAUAUAGAUAUAAUGAAGAUUCUUUCCCAGAAAACAUACCAUACUAGUAAACGUGUAUUGGACUCAUAUCCUUUUGAAUGUUAAUCAUAAACAAAUAUCCCUAACAGUUAAUUUUAACAGUUAAAUUAGUUAUGUAUAUAUUAGAAAAAAAUAAAAGGAAUUUAUCAUACUGGAAAAAAGAAACGCAACAAGAAAAUAUUUAAAUCACGGUUUAUAGUGAACAAGAAUUCAAUCAACGUUAAAGCAAUAUACAACAAAUAUAAAAACAGUAUAUCUUCCAUAGACUAAAUUACCGAAAUAUUCUCACGACCAAAGACAUGUUUCUUGACAGUUUACGAGACAUAAUAACACCACGUCACAAGUAGGAUGAGAAAAAUGAAUUAUUUGAUGAAUAAACAGAACUUCCUUUAAUAAAUGAAUGAAGAUACUUUGUGAGUGAAUUACCAACAAUAAGAAAAACAACAAAACAGACCUCGAGAGACAACCAUUUGAACAUCAGUGAGGAAAAAAAAAAUAUAUAUAUUCUAAGUGCACAGGAAAACACACAGUGUGGAGUGAGAGUACAUUAAGACACGAGUAGAGAAGGGUGCCAUCGAGGUGGGUGCCAUCUAGGUGGGUGCCAGUGGCUGCCAGGAGCAAUGUGUCGUGCUACGCUGGCUCGGGGUGUGCUGGGAAUUUCAAUCAUUCUGGCUCUACUGGCUCCUAGCUGCGGAGAGGCCCACGCCGCCCCACCUAGAGCAGGAGGCGAGGGGAUCCUGGAGCGCGUCCCACCAUCCCGGCCAGCACCCAUGUGGGACCAGCCUCUUCUCAAGCCCCACUUCGACAACUCCACCAGCAGCCGCGUUAUUGGUGCCGUCGGGAGAACUGCCUAUCUGCACUGCCGUGUGAAGCACCUGGGAGACCGUGCGGUGACGUGGAUCAGGAAGCAGGACGUGCACGUGCUGACGGUGGGGCUCUUCACCUACACCACCGACGACAGGUUCACAGCCCUGCACUCCGAGGGCUCCGAUGACUGGACGCUCCGCAUAGCUUCUGCCCAGAUAUCGGAUUCCGGCACUUACGAAUGUCAGAUCUCCACAGAGCCCAAGAUGUCCAGGGCGUUCAAACUGCAGGUUGUUGAAGCGGAAGCGCACGUGGUAGGCCCUCGGGAGAUCCACAUGGUGAGCGGCAGCAACAUCAACCUCACGUGUUCGGUGACAGGGAGCCCCGAACCCCCGCAGUACAUCUACUGGUACCGUGGCAUCACCCUCAUCAACUACAGCUCGAGGGGCGGCAUUAGCGUCGUCACGGACAAGCACUCACGGACCUCCAGGCUGGUGGUCAUCAGGGCCACCACGGCAGACUCGGGCAACUACACUUGUGCCCCCGCUAACGCUGAGCCAGCAUCAGUCAGCGUCUAUAUCCUGAACGCAGGAGAGCAUCCGGCAGCCAUGCAGGGAGGAGACAGCACCAGCGUCCACUGCCAGUCCCUUCUGGCCCUACUGCUCCUCGGACUCACUCUCGCCAAAUUUCAUGAACUCACCGAGAGAUAGUUACUCACGUCAUGUGAAAAUGUUUAUAUAUAAAUAUAUACACACACAUACAUACAUACAUACAUACAUGCUCUUAACGACCUAUUUUAAGCCUCACACUGGCCAUGGCUUUAGGCCAUGAAUGUAUUUAAGCUUUCUGGGAUUAGUUUUAUAUAAAUAUAAAUUGUAUAUGCCGUAAACACCUAGAGUUUUGGAGAGUUGUACUGAAUAAAAGUGGGAAACGUAAUGUUUACAUCCUAAUUAUUACUAGAAAUAUAGAGAUGUCUAUUUUCUUGUAAAUUUUAUCUUCCGUUCGUGUAAAAACUGCCUUCAUAGAUACGAUUUAGCUCUUCAAACACACGUGGCGUUUAUAUGUUUGCUGAGGAGAAGAAUAUCAUGUGGCGUAAUAUCAUUGGCAGAUAUUAUGCCAGUCACAGGUGUUUAAUAGCAUUAUUACGCUUCAAAUGGUCUUCUGAGAAGCCACUACAGAAGCUCAGCAUAAUAUGAGAAUCACUCAACAGCAUUUUGAUUUCUUUCAGCACAUCUGAAUAUUGAAAUAUUGAAAACGUGGGAGAAUUUUUAUUUAAAUUCCAAUUGCGACCAUGAUUAUUGUUAAUCAGUUAUUUGCUAUUUUCUGGCUAAUUUCCUAAAGACAUGUUCAAAUACAAUGCUAACAACUAUCUCUAACUAUAUCAGGUUAGCUUCAUGCAUAUUUUAUACUUAUUCAGGCCUGAAAGUAGCAAAAAACAGAAUUGCAGUGUGAAAUUGGAUUAUGCUAAAAGACAAGGCUUAGGUUGACCUUACAACUGUACAAGCCCAGACAGGUCACAAGCGCUUGCUUAUGUAAACAGAGGAGCCAAAGUGAGUGUGUGUGUGUUUGUGUGUGUGUGUGUGUGUGUGUGUGUGUGUGUGUGUGUGUGUGUGUGUGUGUGUGUGUGUGUGUGUGUUCGUGUGUGUGUUCGUGAGUAUGUUUGUGUGAGAGUGUUUGAGUGUGUCUAAUUCAACUCGUGAAUUGGUCAUUCUGAGCUGUCUUCAGGAUCUCCAACGUUUCCAAAGCUAUCUACGGACAUAAGAAAAUUGACGAGCAACUAAUUUCCCUCAUCACCAAGAAGCAGAAGUGACCUUGCAACACAGACUUGUAGAUGAACUACCGCUCCUCAGCUGCGCUCCACCUUAUUUCUGAACCUGUAAUUGUCACAUGUUAGUUUCUCCAGUUGAGCCUUGAAUGUCAUGGUAAAUUCCACUAACUUUCAUUCCUUUAAAUCAUAUCCAACUCCAGUAAUUGAAUUAAGCAAAACCUGUGAUUUAAAGACAGAACUUUACUUAAAUCUUCUUUAACACGUUAAUUUUCGCUAGUAAUUUUAUAUUUACUAAUUUUAUGUUUCACUAGUUAUAUUAUAUUUAUCUUAUAUAAAAUACAUCUUAAUCAUAACGAAUUUUUUAUAUUUUAUCGACCAUACACACCACUUUUUUAUACAUCAAUUGCUGAGUUUGUUGCAAGUUGCGAGAGAACUUUUUCUACACUGUUAUCUGCAACAGUGUGCUAAUAUUGGACUAUUUUUUAAAUAAAUUUUUUGGUGUUAUAUGAAAUUCGUUUACGAGAUGGAAAAUUUUUUAAAAUUAUCAUUUGCUCACCAUGAACAAGCAGUUGCCUAAACGACUGUCAUAACUCCACGUGAGUGAUUGAUGCAUACAUGCAAGGAGAGCAUCUACUUGUUUAACCCAACUUCACGUUCAUGAUAUAUCUAAAUGUGUGUAUUGCAAAGUCAACUAUGCAGCUAAACCAUUUAAUAACAUUAAGAACCUGAAACAAAUUAAUAGAAAAAAGGAUUUCUUUAUUCUUUAUAAAUGUUAAAGGAGCAUAAAAAGCUAAAACUCAUGAGUAAGGCAGGACUCUGGGAACGCUUCAUGAAUCAUGAGUGAUUCUUAGGGAACACCUCAUGGACCAUGAACAAGACAGAGCUCUGGGCACAUCUCAUGAAUCAUGAGGCAGGCUGGGUUCGGGGAUCACUAUGUGAAUAAUGAGUGAGGCAGAUCUCUAGGCUCACCGUAUGAGUCAUGAAUAAUGCUGAUCUAUGGGCACACACCGUAUGAGUCAUGAGUGAGACAGGAUUCGGGACACACCGUAUGAGUCAUGAGUGAGACAGGAUUCGGAACACACCUCAUGUCACAUGAAUGAAGCAGGGCUUGGAGAACACCUGUCUCAUGAAUGAGAUACCUCACAUCUCACCAAUGAGGCAGAACUCGGAGGUACACCUCAAAACGCAUACAAGAGCGCAGCGCAACUAUAACUAUUUUGUUUUUGUAUCACAGGAAUAUAUAUUUUUUGUAAUCAAGGCAUGUGCAUAGCAUUUUCUGCUUCACCAACUGUAUUUUAUAGAAUUUACAGUAUUAAGGAAGGAGUUACAGAACCUGUUUACAUUCAGCUAAUGUAUCAUGAUUCUCUGCUGUACAAGAGUGAACAUAUGUCCUAGUAAUUAACCACACCAGGAAACUUGACUUAGGUUAAUUUGUUAAGUUUCUCGAUUUGUAAGGUUACCUGAACUUGAAUGUGUUAAUGGGUGGAUAUAAUUGUCUUUGAUAUUUUAACAGACGUUAUGUAUGGUGUGUUUACAUACGAUUUUAUCUAUGAAUUGUGUGUCUGUGAGUUUUUGAAUUAAAGGAAUAUUGAAAAUAAAAUGAUUUAUGUCAUUAACUACGUAUUGAUAUUUGAAUCUAGAUUGAAAUUUGAUAAAUCAAUUGUUAAUCUCAUGAUAUAAAUAUAAAGGCCUAUAUACUUCAAACUCAAAUGAUCAAUUUAUAUUCUAUAUAUAUUGUCAAAUAACAACAUUUACUGACCUUUAAGGUAGAUCUAACAAAUAAUUUUGAAAAUAUGUGAGAGCUAUGUACAUACGGAAACCUCCUCGUGGUGGCGAGGUAAAACAGGGUGUUUGUGUGUUUGUAUGUGUGUGUUUGGGUGUUUAUUGGUGUUUGUUUUCACUGUCUGGCUCCACUCGUUGUCCUCAGUUCUCAACCCUCAUCAACUCAACAUUAUUCUUUUCCUACAAAAUCAUCAAAGGUGAUGCUGUGUAUUCAUAAUAAAACAUAUGUACUCAU